GCGUUAUAGUUGUUUAUGGGUAAUUCAGAACUGCCAACAGCAGUUAAUAUAACUUGGUCAUCAAUCAAUUUCAAAACAAUACUACAGUGGCAACCCAAGCCAACUAACUAUGUCUAUACAGUAGAAAUAUCUGGAAUCAACUCAAACUGGGAAAAAGCGUGCAUCCACACAGAAGAAACAGAGUGUGAUGUUACUGACAAACUGGGGAAUGUAAAAGACACCUAUACUGCACAUAUAAAGUCUGAAAUGCUUACAAGGUCAGAAAACUUUGAAGAGCCAUCUUAUGCAAUCUCCCCAAAAUUCACACCAUACAAUCAGACUACAAUUGGGAGACCUGGGAUUCAAACUUAUGAACAAAUCAACUCCAAGCUGAAAGUGGUAAUUGAAGAUCCACUUACACCAUACAGAUUUUCCAAUAAAAGCUUUAAAAGUAUCAGAGAUAUUUUUAAAAAUGACCUGGAAUACACACUAUAUUAUUGGAAAGAUCAAAGUACAGGAAAGAAAGAGGCAACAACAAAAAGUAAUCAGUUUGAAAUAAAUAUUGACAAAGGAAAGAACUAUUGCUUCAAUGUACAGGCAACUGUACUCUCUCGCACAGAGAACCGCAAAAGUCAAGAAAGCAAGGUGAAUUGUACCAGUCAUCAGAGAGAUAUCUUGGAUGAGUAUGGGACCGAAGUUUUUAUUAUCAUAGCAGCUGCAGCCAUUGUAAUCCUCAUUACAAUCAUUGUCUUGUCUGUGACCCUGUAUAAAUGCAAGAAAACAAAAGCUGCAAAGGAAAAAGAAACGGUGCCACUUAACGAUGUUUAAGGAAAAUUACAAGAAGUGUCUUUUGUUACUACUUCAAAUGCUGCUGCAUACCCAGACAGAAAAGCUUAUGGUACUUGGAGGGGGGAAAAAAACUACUGUCUCUAAAUAUUAGCCUUUACUUAAGUGUAAAGGAACAUUUCCUGUUUCUGUGAAACUUUUUUUAUAUAUUUAAAGCAAAACACUACCCUUUUAAAAACCCUGUUUUGAUUUUAAUAUUAGUAAACGGAUGAAAUAUAUAUGAUGAAAUAUUAACUCAGAGAUGAACACUACGAUUCCUUCUGCACUUUUUGGAUAAGUCAAUUGUAGGUUGGUUUAUUCUGUGUAUCAGUUGAUAUAGGUUAUAAAAACUAAAAGACUGACUAUAUGACAUCCUAACAAGCGCUCAUGAGGCAGAGAGAGUACCAUGUCAAACUAACUUUCAAAACCAUAAUGCAACAGAUCCAAACAUCUAAUAGUCAUUUCAAGAAGAAUCUGCUGUCCACACAGACACAGAAUUACCUGUCUAGACUUUUGGCCACUCCAGCUGCUAAACUGAGUAGCUUGUUUUAUUUGCAAUCAAUUUAAAUCAAUAGAUAACUAAUUUCUUGCACGUAUUCAAUUGGAAAUAGAAUUUAGCACUUAUACUGAUGAUUAAACACUUGAGAGAACUAUUUUAUUUUUAUAAUGGGGUAUAUAAAUUAACUACUUAGGUGAUGUGAUUUGGAGAUACCACUUGCUAUUAGUUUUAAUAUAUUUAUGACGUUUUUUUAUAAAUUGGAAUAAUAUUUAUACUGGUGAUAUUUGUAUAUAUUGUGAUAAUUUAUUUAAUAUACUUUCUUACUGAAAUAAAGGUGAAUGGGAAAAGA